AUGGCCGCGAAAUUCGAAAGGCUUGUCAGGUUCAAGGCCGCGGACGGUCAAAUGUAUUACGGCGAGGCCGGUUCAGACUGGGAGUCCGAUCUCAAGCGGAGGGAAGUCCAGAUCUUCUCGGGCCUGGAUCCCUUUGACAGCAAUUUCAAACUCCUGGACAAGAAAGCCGUCAUAUCCGAGGUCUUGAGCCCUCUGGAGAAAGUGCCACUCACUAUCGGUAUAGGACUGAAUUACAGGAAGCAUGCUGAAGAAGCGAACUUUCCAAUCCCAACCUUCCCCGUUGUCUUCACCAAAUAUUCAGAUACCUUGGCCGGACCAUUCGAGGACAUCCCUAUCAAUCCGGAGGCAAAGGACCUUGAUUACGAAGGCGAACUCUCAAUUGUCAUCGGCAAGGAUGCGAAGAACAUCUCCGAGGAUGAAGAUCCCCUGAGUUAUGUCCUGGGCUAUACCGUGGGCAAUGACGUUUCGUCCCGUUACUGGCAAGCCCCUGCAAGGUCAGGAGGUCAGCACGGCCCAGCCAAAUCCUUUGACAAGUUCGGUCCCAUCGGUCCUGUCAUCGCUUCGCCCAAAGCAGUCGUGAACCCCGAGGGCCUCAGACUACGCACCUGGGUCAAUGGGGAAUUGAGACAGGAUGGCAACACGGACGAUUUGAUUUUUGGGAUCGGUGCCAUCAUUCGACAUUUGGCCAGAGGCACGACGGUCAGAAAGGGGACGGUGAUCAUGACAGGCACUCCGAGUGGUGUGGCCGCUUUCAUGCAGCCGGCGGCAUGGCUCCGACAUGGCGACACUGUAUCGAUUGAGAUUGAGCGCAUUGGCAAGAUCUCGAACAAGAUGGUCUUUGAGAGCUGA